UCUAAUCAAGGUACUUUUUUCUUGCUUCAGAAAAGGAAUUGAAGUAGUUGGUAUUAAACUGUGAUGGCAAAAGAUCAAACUGUUUUUUUCAGUUUUCGAUCUUGUUGCUGCAUUCUUGUUUUACUUUCUGCCAUCUCAUCCAUUCCUCUCCUCUACUGGUCUUAUUUCUUUGGCUAUGACUAUUAUUCCUAUAUUCAAACGACAGUGAACAACAAAAAGGAACCAAUUAAUCUCCUUAGAUUCCCAAAUGCUUGGAACCAUCUUGUCUUUUCAUCAGUACCACCUCAAAGACUCCUUAAAAUUGCUCUGUUUGUCAAGAAAUGGCCUGCUGAACAUCAUGCUGGAGGACUUGAACGACAUGCUCUAACACUGCAUCUCGCCUUAGCUAAACGUGGCCAUGAGCUUCAUAUCUUCACAGCUUCAUCCUCCAACUUAUCCUUUCCUUUAUAUCCAACAAUGAACAAUCCACAUUUUCACAUCUCGAGGCCUACUGCUGCCGGAUAUUUAGACCAAGCCAUUGUUUGGAAGCAAUUUCAAGCAGAAAACGCGUCAGGUAGGCCCUUUGAUGUGAUUCACACAGAGAGCGUAGGCCUCAGGUAUACUAGAUCGAAAAACCUGAAUAAUCUUGCAGUUAGCUGGCAUGGAAUUGCCUAUGAAACUAUACAUUCUGAUAUCAUACAGGUGCUUCUACGAAAUACUACUGAAGAUCCUGCGGAGUCACAUGCUCUGACUGAAAGAGUGAAAAAGGUAAUUGAAGAGGUAAAGUUUUUCCCAAAUUACGCUCACCAUGUUGCCACGAGUGAUCAUGCCGGAGAUGUACUUAAAAGGAUCUAUAUGAUACCUGAAGAACGCGUUCAUGUCAUACUAAAUGGUGUUAAUGAGGACAUAUUCAAGCCUAAUGUUUCAAAGGGCAAUGAUUUCAGGUCCAAUCUUGGAAUCCCAGAAUCAAAGUCCAUAAUCGUGGGGUUAGCCGGGAGGUUGGUUAAAGAUAAAGGACAUCCUUUAAUGUUUGAAGCUUUACAACAAGUUUUCAAGGAAAACUCAACAUUCAGGGACAGUGUCAUUGUACUCGUUGCUGGAAAUGGUCCAUGGGGUAUUCGAUACAAAGGCCUUGGAUCGAAUAAUGUGAUGGUUUUGGGUCCUUUAGAACAGGAUCAACUAGCAGGAUUCUACAAUGUAAUAGAUGUAUUCAUAAACCCAACAUUAAGAGCUCAGGGUUUGGAUCACACCCUGUUGGAAGCUAUCCUAACAGGUAAGCCCUUGAUAGCAACGAAACUUGCCAGCAUUACUGGAUCGAUUAUCGUUAACAAAGAGAUGGGCUAUACAUAUGCACCUACAGUAAAGGAACUGAAGAAGGUUUUGUAUAAGGUUUGGGAGGAUGGAAGGGAAAUUCUACAGAAGAAAGGUAAAUUUGCUAGGGAGAGGGGUAUGAAGUUGUUUACUGCUACCAAAAUGGCUGCAGCAUAUGAAAGGCUUUUUCUUUGUAUCUCAGGGGAUGAAAAACAAGCAGACAACUAUUGUAUUUAUCAACCUCAGUUUAUUUGACAAAUUAAAGGUUCCCAAGUUUAUGUACAUACAUAUGUGCUUAUCAUCAUGUCGAAAGCCGUAGCUCAUGUAAUAUGUUGCUCUUGGGAAUCAAAUCCAUGAGCUUGGUUGUGAUAUUACUUGUUAGGAUCAAACUCUUACCAUCAUGCCAGAAGUUAUAGGAUGAUGGCAGGAGUGUAACUUUAUUUCUUAACUAAGCUCACCAAGCAAGCAUCAUAUUUGAUCAUGACUGACUGAAGCCACCCCAAUCAGGGACGGAGCUGGAUUGGCUGAGAAGAGGUUCAUCCAAACCACUUCAACAGAAAUUACAUGGCUUAUAUAUGACUAAAAUUCUGUAUGUAUACAUA